UGCGUUUUCAGGCCAUAGAUCCAAUAGAAAUGAGCGACACGGAAGAAGUGGCCAAGGGCGUGACGUACGAAGAGCGCGUGAAGCACGUGAGCGUGAUCGCGCAGCCGCUUGCGGUGAAGAAGUUGACCAAGAAGCUGUACAAGCUCGUCAAAAAGUCCACCAAAGUCAAGUGCACGAAGCGAGGAGUGAAGGAAGUCGUCAAAGCGAUCCGCAAGGGCGAAAAGGGCCUGUGCGUGAUUGCCGGGGACAUCUCGCCCAUCGACGUCAUCUCGCACAUCCCUGUCUUGUGCGAAAGCAACGACAUCUCGUACGUCUUCACUCCGUCCAAGGUCGACCUUGGCGCGUCCGCGUCGUCCAAGCGUCCCACGAGCUGCAUCAUGAUCACUCCUGGCAAGCAUGGAUUCAACGUCCAGGAAACGUACGAUGAACUAUUGGCAGAAGUGAAGAAAGUUCAGCCCACCUAUUAGUUAUGUAGUGUACCCUUUGUUAACAAUAUAUUCCCACGCUAAAGACA